AUGUACGACUGGGCGUGCAGGAAUCCGUCCCCGUCGGAGAACCUGUCACGUGGUGCCAUCGGAUUAUCAUAUAUGCUAAAAAAUGGACAGCUCAAACGAACAGCUGACUUCCAGGUUCUCAAAACAUAUGUCACACGUGAUGGUUACACGAGACGCUAUGAUGAGGUAGUUACAGAAAUUACAAACAAAACCAAGUGUAUUGAUGAUGCCUUACUCUGGGCAAAUGACCUAGAAGAAAGUUUCUUCCAGGCAGUGCGUUGGCGUUACGUCUGUGGAAGGAACGUUAUAACACUAAACCCAGAAAAGUUUGUCUUCGGAGCAGAUGAGGUCGAGUUUGCCGUCUUUGAAAUCACUCGUGAUGAAGUCAGAUCCUGUCAGAGAUGCCUGCAAGCCAUUAAGGAAUUUCCGACAACAAAAUGCAUCACAGACGUGUAUUCAUGGCUUGGCCUUGUAAAUCAGGUGUCAUAUGUUUCCAGUUUGGCGGAGCGCAUGUUACCAUUUCGUAAUCUCUUGAAGCAAGGUACUGUUUUCCAUUGGAAUGAACAUCUUCAGACAGUACUUGAUGCGUUAUGCGCACAGAUUGUAAAAGAAACAGAAGAAGGGGUUCGCAUCUUUGACCCUGACAGACCCACAUGUUUCACAAAUGACUGGUCUAAAUCAGGUAUCGGGUUCUGGCUCUUUCAAAAACACUGUAAAUGUGAUAAGACAUAA